UGAAACCAAGCAAACAAUAAUAUCCAAGCAAUAAGUAGACUAAAAUCAUCUGUGAAUGGGUCUUUGGGGCCGUUCCUGUAACUCUGGCGUGGUCACACAACAAAUGUGCCGUUGCUUCUUUAAGAAGUCAAUAUGCAUUCUGGGAAUGGAUGUGUCGUUGCCGCUUUAAGAAAAUGCUAUGCAUUCUGGGAAUCGUAGUCUGUGCUAGUUACACAUUGCCACAUAGAUCACAUUUGAAGACUUCACACGGUGGCUGUGUGACCGGGGAGAGCGAAGUCGGACUGCGACGGGAGUUUUCAUUCACAAGAUUCGCCAGUGAUGUCCAGAGGUCCUCCCAGGAAUUUUUAUUUGAAUUUUAAAACCACUACGUAUAGCUCGAUUAUGCAAACCAGAUCAUGUUGACGAGUUUGUAGUUGCCUGUGUCGGUAGCUAGUUAAUCAGCCGACACUACCCAAGGAAGUCUACCCGGGCUUAGUUAGGUAGCAAGCUAGCUAGCGGACACCAGCUAACGACGAGUUAACGACGGAGGUCGCAAAUCUUGACAAUGCAGCGUUGGAUCCGCUGUUGUAGGCUACUAGUUAAAAUGCUGCAGGCCCGCACGGUGGUAAUUAUGUAGCCAUUUGGCUAAUUUAGCCAGGUAAAUAAACUAGCUUGAUUGAACGUUGGCCGUUUUUCAGACAGGUUUACAAAUAUUUAGACAACUUGGCUGACAAAUAUACCCCCUCGCUGACGAGCUGUUUUCCUCAUUCAGUUUUGCAUUCCUAUAGCUGGCGCUUCGCAAGCGUCAUCUCAACUUAUUAGCUAAUGUAGCUAAACCAUUUGUGUUGUGUUCAGGUUCAUACGUAAGACUAUUUAGGUUGCUCGUCUUGAAUGAGCAAGAACUGGAGUUAUCGACAAGUUAAGCUCCAUCAAGCUAGCAUUGAUUGUUAAACAACUACAUUCGUGCUAGCCAUCUCAUUCAAACAAGCCGAGUUUAACUACCGUUGGGUAAUGCUAGUUAUGCAGUUGGCACUUUUUAAUCUUAUUUUGUUUGGGCUAGAUUUGAGUGCAUUUUAGCUAUUAUUAACUAUAGGGAACAAAAGACCAAAGUUGAAUUUCACCGGCGAGCGAACCAAUGUUUUAUACUUUAAAAAGGGUGCUGGUUAGUCAGCUAAAGUAAAGAUGUCUUUCAUAGAAAGUUUCCUGGCAUAUUUUAAUUUAAGCAGUUUACAGUGGCUAUGUAUGGUCACAUUGUUCAUCGCUUCUGUUGUCACGGUGCUUGUGUAUUUUGUGCAAUAUUUUUUCGGCGAUUUGCGAGCUGGUACCGUUAGUAAACAUGAAAUCCGAAAUUGGGACGAAGCGGACGCCCUGCUGAAUUGGGCGCUGUCACUGAAAAGCUGGAGGUGUCAGUGGAAAAAAUCCUGGAUUCGAGCCCUGAACGAAGAAGCGAAGAAGCCCACGAGAGGUGUGCAGAUAACGUUUGAAGAGGAUGAUGUUCAGGCUUCCGAUCUGGCGGUCAGCCACGUGUCAAGCUUUAGAAAAUCCACCGAGUUGAAGAAUGUGCGCUGCCGGGUGGUGGGAGAGAAACUGCAGGCCUCCUUCACGGCGGCUCGCACGGAAGCCUCGUCGGCCGGCCCCCAGAGGUACAACGUCAAGAUCUCUCCGCUUCAGCUGCAGCUGGACCUGCAGAUGCGGGAGGUGUCGGAGGAGGUGCAGGUGGCGUGGACGCUGUCCAACCUGGAGGUGUGGGAUCUGCAGCUGACGCCCAGCCACACGCAGAGCGGUGUCGUGGACCCCAGCGUGUCUGAGAUCAGGGACAGACUGCGGCAGGUCCUGUGUGGAGCUCGCCCCUCAGUACUGCUGAGCAGCCGGCCUGCCCAGCCUGCAGAGCUGAAGGACGCGCGGGCCAAGGCGUCUCAGGUGGCGUCCCCACCCAAGCCCCCCCGGGCACACGACUGGAAGCUGCUGGUGAAGAACAUCAGGGUGACGGGCGGGCAGGAGGACGGUGCUGCAGGCAGCACAAACCCAUACUGCGUCCUCCAGCUGGACGACCCGCCCCAGAAGGUCUCCACGUCCGUGUGCAGGAGCACCUCCAGCCCCUCCUGGGACCAGCCCUAUAUCUUCGAGCUGAGCGGGCGAUCAAAAGAGCUCAUCAUUCAGGUCCUGGACGAGGGGCAGCCGCAGGAGAGUGCCCUGAUUGGCCAGGUUUCCGUGCCCUUUGACCUCGUUAAGAAGCAGCCCAAAGGACAGCAGACGUUUGCACUUUUGAAUAAGGACCAAGAGGCCGGGACACUCUCCACUGAGUUCAAGUAUCUGGAGCCCAGCGAGGUGCGGUCCUGGCAGACCCCCACCCCCGCCCUCACCAAAAAGGUGGAGAUGGACCGCACGGUCAUGCCCUGCGGCACCGUGGUCACCACCAUCACCGCGGUCAAGAGCAAGCCGGGCCGGACCCUGCCCGCCGCGCUCAACGGAGAGUCCCCCUUGAAGGCUCCGCCCAAAUCCAAGCUGUCUGGGAGACGAGUGUCCGAGCAGCACUCUGUGUCUGGAGCCACAGUCAGCAAGGCCCUGUCCUCCUCAGACACAGAGCUCCUGAUCCUGAACGGGACGGACCCCGUGGCCGAGGCCGCCAUCCGCCAGCUCCACGAGUCGGCCAAGCAGAAGCUCAAGUCCCCCGUGAGGAAGAGCACCAUCAUCAUCUCGGGCGUGGCUAAGACUCCUCUGUCUCAGGACGAUGAGAUGGCUCUGAUGGCUGGAUACGCGGCCGCCAUGGACGCCUCCAUGACCGAGGGCCCCAGCUCCGCCUCCUCGGGGGCCACAGGGGGCGCCCCCACCGAGGCCCCGAGCCUGGCGGGCCCCCGGGAGGGCCCCGACGGGGCGGGGACCGAGGAGAACUGGGACGGCCAAUCGGAUCACGACCCCGACGCCGACAAGAAGUCCGCGCUGUCCCUGUGCAUUUCGGAGUCGGGUUCCAAAAAGAGUAAAGAGGAAGCCUGUGCUAAGCAGACAGUAUUACCGGCCCAGCAGCUUCCUGCGCAAGAGCGCCAAGCUCUUCUUCCGCCGCCGGCACCAGCAGAAGGACCCGGGCAUGAGCCAGUCGCACAACGACCUGGUGUACCUGGAGCAGCCGACGGGCGUGGAGAAGGAGCGCCGCACCGCCACCUUCAGCCGCAUCAUCAACAGGAAGCUGCACCCCAAGAGCAAGAGCAAAGCCAACGGCUCAGCGGGCGACCCGCACGCCUGACCCCGCCCCUGCCCUGAGCUGAGAGCGGGGGGGGGUGAGGGGGGGGUGGCCAGCCUCUGCCCAGGCUCCGCCCCUGCCCUGAGGAGGGGGAGUGGCUUCUACACUGACCCUGCCUCUGCCCUGAGGAAGGGGCGUGGCCUCUGAUCUGACCCUGUCCCUGCCCUGUGGAAGGGGUGUGGCCUCUGUACUGACCCCGCCCCUGCCUGGAGUUAGGGGUGUGGCCUGUGCACUGACCCCACCCCUGCCCUGAGGAAGGGGUGUGGCCUGUACACUGACUCAAACCUUGCCCUGAGGAAGGGGUGUGGCCUCUGCACUGACCUCGCCCCCCUCUGGUGGUUACGAGAGAGAGGGAGAGGACCCUUUAAGUACUCGAUGGAGAAUGGGUGUGGACACCACCUU